GGCUGCGUGCACGUAACUGGAAUGCUUUCCUCCUCACUCCUUCUCAGUGAAGGAGAAGUGAUUUGACAUAGCAAAGGCUCAAACAAUAGCUGCUUCUGCUGCUGCUUUUUGUGUGUGGAAUCUGAAACUGAGGGUUUUAUAAACAUUACUGGAAUUAUUCGUGUUGUGAAUUUAUAAAUGAAAUUUCUUUAUAGAUAUAUUUUCUACUUCAGCCAACUGACACCAAUUGAGUAAAAUUUCAAAAAGGAAACCCUGCCAGUAGUAUUAGCAUGUUUCUUCAAGAACAGCCUCUGAACUGAAACAAAAACCAACUAAAGCAAACACCUGGCAUUUUCAGAGAGCAUGAGAAAAUGCGCUGAGCUGGAAAUUUUGAUCAAGCACUAAGCGAAUGGUACAGCCCAGCAGCCAUGGAUUUAUCAGGGCACGUCCACAUUCAAAGUUUAUAGUUGGAUGAUAUUGUACAGAAAAAGUCAGCUAUCAUAAUUCAAGCCUAAGCAUCAUGAAUUAUUUUAAACACAUGGAGAUGAGUUUACCAUCUCUAGCCACUACACUAUAUAGAAGAGCUUCAAAGCAUUUGAGAAAUUUUUGUUAAAAGUAUUGAACCAAAAUUCUUCACAUGGACUUGGGGCAAAAGGAGAGAAACCCCCUCCCUCUUCUUCAAAGUCUCCUUCCUGUAGGGUAACAGGAAUCUGAAGCUUUUAUCGUCAACAACCUGAUGUGCUUAUGUACCAUGAUAAAACUUUAUGGGAAUGUCCACUGAACAUAGCGGAGCUUACCAGGAAAGAUAUCCUACCCACAAGGAUCAUUUAAGUUACUACUGUGAAGGAAAUACAACUACAUGAAGUAAACUAUAAACUUCUCCCAAGUCAAUCUGUUUCUUGAAAACUGUAUGAUGACUGGAUUUUAGCAAGCACAAAAGGUUCCCUCAUAUCUUUAAAUAAGGUUGCUGAAAAUCAAACACUUUUCUGUGUGCAAACCUCACUGCAACUUGACCAUGAUCAGCAUAACCUGGAACUUCAUCCUAAUUUGGACAAAGAUAGGGCUUUUGCUCAAAAUGGCACCUCAUUCUAUCAGUGCCAAGUCCUGUCCUUCAGCAUGUCGCUGUGAUGCAGGAUUUAUUUACUGCAAUGAUCGUGACUUGACAUCAAUUCCUACUGGGAUUCCAGAGGAUGCUACAACCCUUUACCUUCAGAACAAUCAAAUUAAUAAUGCUGGAAUUCCUUCUGAGUUAAAAACCUUGAUCAAAGUGGAAAGAAUUUAUUUAUACCACAACAGCUUGGAUGAAUUCCCUACCAACCUCCCAAAGUACAUCAAAGAAUUGCAUUUGCAGGAAAAUAACAUAAGAACAAUUACUUAUGAUUCACUUUCACAAAUUCCUUAUCUGGAAGAAUUGCAUUUGGAUGAUAACUCUGUUUCUGCGGUUAGUAUUGAAGAUGGAGCAUUCCGGGAUAAUAUCUAUCUCAGACUUCUUUUUCUUUCUCGAAAUCACCUUAGCACCAUUCCCUGGGGCUUGCCUAAAACAAUAGAAGAGCUGCGUUUGGAUGAUAACCGUAUUUCCACAAUUUCAGACUUGUCCCUUCAAGACCUUACAAAUCUAAAACGUCUAGUUUUAGAUGGAAAUCUCUUAAGCAACCAUGGAUUAGGAGAGAAAGUAUUUAUGAAUCUAGUCAAUUUAACGGAACUCUCAUUGGUCCGUAAUUCCCUUACAGCAGCUCCAAUCAAUUUGCCCGGCACAAAUCUAAGAAAGCUUUAUCUGCAAGAAAACCAUAUAAAUCAUGUACCGCCUAAUGCUUUUGCAUACCUACGACAGUUGUAUCGGCUAGAUAUGUCCAGUAACAAUCUCAGUAAUUUACCUCAGGGUGUCUUUGAUGACCUGGACAAUAUUACCCAAUUGUUUCUUCGCAACAACCCUUGGCACUGUGGGUGCAAAAUGAAAUGGGUUCGUGACUGGUUGCAGAUGUUGCCUCUCAGAGUUAAUGUACGUGGACUGAUGUGUCAAGCCCCAGAAAAAGUGCGUGGAAUGGCUAUCAAGGACCUCAACACAAAGCUAUUUGAUUGCAAAGAUGAGGAUAUUGUAAGCACUAUCCAAAUUACUGCUUCAAUACCAAACACUUUAUUCCCUGUGCAAGGACACUGGCCAGUUUCUGUGACCAAAUCACCUGAAAUAAAGACUCCUAACCCAUAUAAAAACUACAGAACAACAGCUACCCCAGUACAGGAAAUCAUUACCAUUGUUGUAAAAUCUGUAAGCACUGAGACUAUUCAUAUUUCUUGGAAAGUUGCACUACCCAUGACUGCUUUAAGACUUAGUUGGCUCAAGAUGGGUCACAGCCCUGCCUUUGGAUCUAUAACUGAAACCAUUGUCACAGGUGACCGGAAUGACUAUCUGCUUACAGCACUUGAGCCAGACUCUCCAUACCGUGUAUGCAUGGUUCCCAUGGAAACCAGUAACAUCUAUCUGUCUGAUGAAGCACCUGUUUGUAUAGAGACUGAAACUGCACCCCUUAAAAUGUACAAUCCUACAACAACACUAAACCAUGAACAAGAGAAAGAACCAUUCAAAAAUUCUAGUUUGCCCUUAGCUGCCAUCAUAGGGGGUGCGGUGGCACUAAUGGCUAUAACACUGCUGGCUUUAGUCUGCUGGUAUGUCCAUAGGAAUGGGUCCUUGUUCUCCAGAAACUGUACAUACAGCAAAGGUCGGAGGAGAAAAGACGAUUAUGCUGAAGCUGGAACUAAGAAGGACAAUUCUAUCUUAGAAAUCAGGGAGACUUCUUUUCAGAUGAUCUCUCUGAACAAUGAACAAGUGUCUAAGGAGGAAUUUGUAAUACAUACAAUAUUCCCACCUAAUGGAAUGAAUCUGUAUAAAAACAACCACAGUGAAAGCAGCAGUAACAGAAGCUACAGAGACAGUGGCAUACCUGAUUCAGAUCACUCACAUUCAUGAUACGAAAGGAAUGGAAGACUUGUGGUGGUUUCUCCCCCCCCCUCCUUUCCACAAACAAAAGCAACUUGAAAGGUUGCUGGCCUACUGCAGAACACUGGAUUAAAAGAUUGAAUAAGCAAUGUAUUGUACAUUUGCCAUAUAAUUUAUAUUUAAGAACUUUUUAUUAAAAGUUUCAAAUUUCAGGUGGCUGCUGCGAUUAAUGUAGCAAGGAUGCCUGAAAACAAUUCUAUAUUUUAGUAUUUUUUAGUAAUUUGUACUGUAUUUUCCUUGCUAAUAUUGAAAUUACAGACCAUUUAACUUUUGUGUUCUACUGAGUAAGAUGACUUGUUGACUGUGAAAGUGAAUUUUCUUGCUGUGUUGAACAAUCAGGACUUUGCAUACAUUUGAGAUCCUUGUAAGUAUAAGCACAGGCCAUUUUCACUUUGGUAUUCAUAAAAGGUUAAACCUGGCAAAUUGAAAAUGUUCAAAAGUGGUUGCAAAAUUGGUCAAAAUACAGUCUUUCAGUAUAUUAAAUCAACUAAAAACCAAUUGUGCAAAUAGCGGGCAAUACCAAUUGUUUAGCUAUAACCAGUUUUUUAAGUAAAAGAAGGCUGAAGCAGAUCGCUAAAAUCUGAAUAAGGCAGGUGAAAUAAAAAUCCAAGCACAUAUGGCUGUUCUACACACACACAGAAAAAGGGGGGGAAUUGUUUGU